AGGUUAACAACUCCAGAAGAACCCGUUACUAAAUUAAAAAAGAAAAGAAAGCGAAAACCCUAUUUCUCUUAUUACAUCAAUUGAGACGCUGGGACUAGGGCUUUUUUCUACCCCCUUUCAAUUCUUCCAAAUCAAAUCCACCUGCCAUUUUCAUUUUACAGAUUCUAGGGUUUAAAUCUCCACCUUCCUUCGAUCAAUUAAGCCGUCUGGUAUACGAUUACUGGUACAUGAUACACUCACAUCCGCUGAAGAAUUUGAAGUGCAAUGAAUAGCGUGUUCAGCGAACAGAUACUUGCAGACAAGCUAUCCAAGCUCAACAGCACUCAACAGUGUAUUGAAACGCUGUCUCAUUGGUGUAUAUUCCACCGAAGCAAAGCAGAAGUGGUUGUUACAACAUGGGAGAAGCAGUUCCAUAGUGCUGAGGUUGUUCAGAAGGUUCCUCUUUUAUACCUUGCAAAUGAUAUCCUUCAAAACAGCAAGCGUAAAGGAAACGAAUUUGUCUCGGAGUUCUGGAAGGUCCUACCUGGAGCUGUAAAAGAUCUUACUAAAAAAGGCAAUGAUCAUGGGAAAAAUGUCGUAACCCGACUGGUUAAUAUAUGGGAAGAAAGGAGAGUGUUUGGAUCACACGCAAAGAACAUUAAAGCUGUGUUGCUUGGAGAAGAAUCACCUCAACCGCUGGAGUUCUCAAAAAAACGGUCUCGUUCUGUGAAAAUUGUUAAGAGAGAUUCACGCUCUAUAAGAACAAAAUUGAGCAUUGGUAGUACAGCAGAGAGAAUUGUGUCAGCUUUUCACUUAGUUGUGAGUGAACACCAUGGUGAAGAUGAAGAAAUGAAUAAAUGCAAAUCUGCGGUUCACCGUGUUAAAAAGAUGGAGAAAGAUGUUGAUUCGGCUUUAACAAAUGCAAAAGAUCCCAAGAGGAAGAGUUUGUCCAAAGAACUGGAGGAAGAAGAAAAGCUGUUGAAGCAGUGUAUAGAGAAGCUUAAAGUUGUAGAAGCAAAUAGAUUGGCCCUUGUCUCUCAGUUGCGUGAUGCAUUGAAUGACCAGGAAUCUGAGUUAGAGAAUGUCCGCACCCAAAUGCAGGUGGCACAAGCACAGACAGAGGAAGCGAAAAACAUGCGGGAACGACUUGAUGACGAGAAGUAUGUGGCAGAUGUAAAACCAUCAUCUGUUGAUGGAUCUAAAAAGGCCGCUGCUAAUAUAGCGGCAGAAGUUGCAGAUAGGCUUGCUGCUUCUACCUCCUCUCAGUACAUUAUGUCAUCUGUUUUGUCGACACUUGCAGCUGAAGAGGGACUGUCUAAAACCACUUCUGCUUCUGUCUCCAAAACCGAAUUUAUGCCCUCUUUCCAAACGGUUUUACCAAACUCGCAACCUCAAUACCAUACAAUUCCAAACCCACAUUCACACCAAUUUUUGCAACCGCCUGCCACCUCGUAUCCGUAUGGUAGUGUUGGUAUACCGCCGAUCCCUCCACCACCGUCUUAUAUGAUGGUUCCUUUGGCUCAUCAACGGCCGCCUAUGGCCCCCGCCCCGGUCCCACCACCACAGUCUGGAAUGAUGUUUUAUUCCCACCCUCAUCAUUCGCAGUGAUGGGUGCAUUUAAUUUAGGCGCAAUUUUGAUAUUUAAUUGUUGGUAAUUUAUUAAAAAAAAAAAAACCAAAUUGGUUCCUGUCAUAAUGUGUUGUUUGUUUUUGUUUUGUUUUGUUAAGGAUAGUUAUACUGUACAUUAGUUGGUUCAAAGGCAGCUAUGAGAAUUCUGUAUUCUGAUA